AUGGUUGUAGAGAGUUUGUGGAAGAACCGGAAUAAUAUUGUUUGGAAUAAUAACAGGGAAGAUCUUGCGAGAAUUGGUAUCCAAGCUUAUUACAAUUGGCUUGAUUGGUUUAAUGCUCGGGAUGACUCUGGUGUCGCUUGGGAUAAAGGUAUCACUUCACCUAUAGAAGCUGAAGCUUUGGCUCUAAAGGAGGCCAUUCAGAUUGCUAUUACCACGAACUUAAAUAAUGUGAUUUUUGAAAGUGACUCCCAAGUGGUAAUUCAUGCUAUUAAUUCUACGGUUUCUGGGAAGUCGGAGUUUAAUAUUAUUAUUACUACUAUCCGGAGAUUGUUGAGUCUUGUUACAAACUUUGAGGUAAAGUUUAUUAAGCGCCAAGCGAAUAUGGUUGUUGACUCUUUAGUUAAAGCGGCCAAUUCUUGGUCUAGGCGUAGUUUCGUUAAUGUUGCACCUCCUUGUAUUGAUAUUUAUUUGGUUAAUGAUAUGAGUUAA